AUGAGUUUAAGAUAUUUAAUCUUUACUCCAAGUCGAAGGUACAUUCUUCAUAGUCAAAAUAAUUCAAUUCUGAAGUCAAAAAAUGUAGCAAGUUUAUGUAAUGUUAAAUAUUUUUCAACUAAUAAUUUAACCCCAGAACAAAAAAAUAAUGAAAUUGAAAAAAUUUAUAAUAAAUUAGAUAAAUCAUUUGAAAAUACUAAAGAAGCAUAUAAGAGUAAAAGUUUUGGUGAAGUAUUAAGAGCAUUAAUUGUUUUUAAAGUUUGUUCAUUUAGUAUAAUAGUUGAAAAUAAUCAAAAAAUUUUACGCCUUAUGAAAAAUGUUUUAGGUCAAAGAUUAUUUGAAUGGAUAUUAAAAAAAACUUUUUAUGGACAAUUUGUUGCUGGUGAAGAUAUACCACAAUCAGUUGAAUGUAUGAGAAAAUUACAAAAAUUUGGUGUUAAAAGUAUUCUUGAUUAUUCAGUUGAAGCAGACAUAUCAGAAAAGGAGGCUGAACAGAAGGCACUUGAGGGUGCUUCUGAUUCUGCAAUUCAACACUCUAUUCCAAUUGUUAAUGAAGAAGAUAAAGAAAAGGUAGAUGCUAUUCAUGAAAAAUAUAGUGUUCAUAAACGUUUUGCUGAUAGAAGAAAAGGUGUCUCUGGUGCUAGAACAUAUUUCUAUGAAUCAGAAUUACAAUGUGAUAAAAAUAUGGAUAUAUUUAUAAAAUGUAUUGAUGCUGUAGCAUUAUCUAAUACUGAUGAACAACAGGGUCUUACUGUUCUUAAAAUUACAGCAUUAGGAAGACCACAAUUAUUAUUAAAAUUAUCUGAAGUUAUUGAACAAACAAAUAAAUUUUUUAAAAGAUUAUUAGGUAAAGAAAAAGAAGAUGUUUUAUCUGGUAAAAUUUCAAAAGAAAAAAUUAUUAAAAAGUUAAAAGAAAAAAAUGUUAAUAUUAAUGAACAAGAAUUAUUGGAAUGGUUUAAAGCUGUUGAUGUUGAUAAAAAUGGUUAUAUUGACUUUUUAGAAUUUGGAGAUCUUUUAAAUCAUGAGAAAAGAGCAUGUGAUGUUUUUAAAAUCAUUGAUACAAAAACAGGAGAAAUAAAACCUUUGAUGGCAAAUUUGACAAAAUCUGAAGAGAUUGAAUUAGAUAAUAUGAUAACAAGAUUAAAUACUAUAGCUGAAUAUGCUGGAAGUAAAGGAAUACGUUUAAUGAUUGAUGCUGAACAAACAUAUUUUCAACCAGCUAUUAGUCGCCUUGCCGUAGAAUUAAUGAGAAAACAUAAUAAAGAAAAAGGACUUAUAUUUAAUACUUAUCAAUGUUAUUUAAAAAAUGCUUUAAAUUAUAUAAAUAUUGAUAUGGAAUUAGCAAAAAGAGAAAACUUUCAUUUUGGUGCUAAAGUUGUUCGUGGAGCAUACAUGGAACAAGAAAGAGAAAGAGCUUUGUCAAUUGGAUAUGAAGAUCCUAUUAAUCCAACUGCUGAUGCAACAAAUAAAAUGUAUCAUAAUGUUAUAGAUAGAAUUAUAGGAGAAAGACAAAUUCGUGGUCCUGGUAGUGUAUCAGUUAUGGUUGCUACACAUAAUGAAGAUUCAGUUAGAUAUAUUUUAGAAAAAAUGAAAGAUAAUAAUAUUGCUCCAGGUGAGAAAGUAAUUUGUUUUGCCCAGUUAUAUGGAAUGUGUGAUCAAGUAUCAUUUAGUCUUGGACAAGCAGGAUAUUCUGUUUAUAAAUAUUUACCAUUUGGACCUGUUAAUGAUGUUAUACCAUAUCUUUCUAGAAGGGCACUAGAAAAUAGAGGUUUCUUAGCCAAAGCACAAAAAGAAAGAAGAUUAUUGUGGAAUGAAUUAAAAAGAAGAAUUAAAGAAAAACAAUUUUCUUAA